GGCCUGGCUGGGGGAUGGCGGUGCUGGGAAGCCCCUGGGCCCCAGGGCUGGCUCGGAAAGGCCGCGGUGCUCCGGGGGAGGCUCCGAGCCCCGCUCCGGUGCCGGGGAUGCUCCGGGACGCGGGCGGGAGCGGGACUGGACUGCGGAGGGAAGGCUCUGGCAGUGGGUGAGCACAGGCACAGCUGGGGUGCCACAAAGUGCUCAGCUUUUCAGCCUUUCAGCGUCUUCUGCUGCUGUAUGUGUGGUGUUGUAACAUCUUGGAUGCUCUCGUUGCCAUUAGCGAAGCGGUGUUAAUGAGAGAGGCUUUUGUGCAUUUGCUGCGUUGGAAGCAAUGUUUGAGUGACUUUUUCUGUAACAGAUGGAAGGUCACGGACACAAAGCUUUGUUUUUUCACUGUCAGAUCAGCCGCAGCUUCUCAAACCCUUGCAACAUAAUUGACCUUUACUGUCUGCUUGUGACAAGGCGACUGUCUGUAGUUCUUUGUGGAUUUCUUUUUUUCACGGUAAUUGCUACUGGGAGCAUAGUUAAGGCUUGGACAAGGUACAAGGAGUGUAAGAGGCACUCACUCUGCUCGUUCUUUUGAGCUGGAAGAUUGAGUCUUUGUGAGUAAUCCAAGAGAAACAAGUGCCAACCACUGCCACGUUUUCAUCUGUUGGUAAACAUCAGCUGCUGGUUGGCCUUGAGGGAGGAAGAGUGAAUUAGUUCCAGAUGGAGAACUCUUUCAGCCCAUUUAGACUUUCCAGUUGAUUUAAGCCAGCAGGUCAGUAAUUUAGGGGAGUAGUUUUGUUCUUAUUUGCUGUUCUGCUUCUUGCUGUGUGUGGAUUCAGUGAUAUCAAAUCUGAUAUCAGUAAUUUAGGGGAGUAGUUUUGUUCUUAUUUGUUGUUCUCCUUCCUGCCGUGUGUGCAAUCGAUGAUAUAAAAUCUGAUAUUGCAGCGUUGCUGAUAGUGGGGCUUUGGUUGUGCUCAAUUGGUUUUAAUUAAGUUGGAUAAACAGAAAAGAUAUUUUAAAAGCUCUGACAAUUAUCUAUUUUGAAUGUAGAGGGGUUUUGUUUUUUAUGACCUGGAAAAGGAGGAGGAGUUGAGAAUCCAUUUUUCUUAGUAAAUUCUCUUGGAGAACAUGUAUCUUCUUUCAAAGUUUUGUGUUAAACUGGGUUACCACAGGUUGGUGGUUUAAUGUGGUCAGAGGGUCCCAUACCUCAGUGUGCUGCUGGCAUGGAUCCCUGGAAAAAUGGGAUGAGAUAAAGGCAUGGAAAUCUUCAGUGCAUGGCUGUAGCAACUAGGGAAUGUGAGGGAUGGAAAAUUUCACUGUGAAGUAGCUGCUGUGGAGGAUACUGAGACUGAUGUGAGAUAUUUAAUUCCUCAGUACCUCUUUGUGAUUUAUUUGAGGUGCCACACUGGACAUUUAAAAAGCAUUAAAAAAAAAAAUCUUUUUUAAAAAGAAGAAAAUAGAGUGAACUGCUCACAAAAUCAGGGCAGGUGCAGCAGCUCUUGCUACAACUCUUGUAUUUCUCUUGCCAUUGAUUAUGAGAGGAGUAAAGAUCACAGGGUGGUUUUGUUGUUCCCUCUAUCUGCUACUGUAACUUGCUACAUUUUGUCUAAUUUGUAAAAGAAAAAAAUUUCUGGUUACAAAUAAUUUAAUGCCUUUUUCUGCCCAGUCUGUUGAAAAGGCUUUAAGAAUUAGUUAGAAGUGCUAAUUUUGAGUUGUAAGGUAUAGCAAAAUGAGGAUGGUUGCAUUAUUCCCAUGUAAUUAAACAGACAACCACUCUGGAAAGCUCCUGGAUAUAUUUCCCUGCUUUUUUUCACUGGGAUACAUUUACCAGGGUAGCUCUGUGAUUACUGGGAGUUACAGCCCUUGAUUAUUGAUCUCUUUGACUCAGAUUGAUAACAGGUUAAUUAGAACGAAAGGCAGAGGUUCCUGCUUGGAUUUGCUGAGUUGGGAAGUGUUUAAAGACAGACUGAGAUCAAAGACACUGUAGAAUCUGGAAGAGGAGUUAGUUAUAGUUGGAAAGGCUGUGUUGAGGUGCUCCAGAGGAAAAAGGACAGAAAAACACAAUGAUUUUGUGGAUCACUACACAAUGGUAGGCAGAAGACACGGAGCAGCCCAAAUGAAGGAGCAUGUGGAGUUCAUAUUCCUGCAAGAUGUUCUUUGGGGGACCAAGGCCACUUUUCCAGGCCCCUGGGAGAUGAAGCAUUAAGCCCAUGACAUUUUUGUUGCUGUGUCAGUGUUGCUUUGUGCGAAGGACAAAUAACUGAUUUUUUUUCACCUCACCAUGACGGCUGUGACAAGUGCCACCAUCCCGGACACCCUGAGUCCUCCCCAGCUGGAGGAGAAGCCAAAGGGCAAAUCCCUGUUCCAGCUGGGCUCCCUCUUUGCUAACAGGAGUGAGAAAUUUGUGAUUGCUCGCAGUGACAGUUUGCCAGAGGAGAAUGUCCUGAAGAUCACAAUCACAGAGACCACGGUCAUCGAGUCCGACCUGGGCAUCUGGAACUCCCACGCCCUCAUCUACCUCACUCUCUGGUUUUUCUUCAGCUUUUGCACUCUGUUCCUUAACAAAUACAUCCUGUCCUUGCUGGAAGGAGAGCCCAGCAUGCUUGGUGCUGUUCAAAUGCUUUCCACCACCUUCAUUGGCUGCAUCAAGAUGUUUGUCCCAUGCUGUCUGUACCAGCACAAAACUCGCAUCUCCUACCCCCCCAACUUCAUCAUGAUCAUGCUCUUUGUUGGGUUAAUGAGAUUUGCAACAGUGGUCCUGGGCCUGGUCAGCCUGAAGAAUGUGGCAGUUUCAUUUGCAGAAACUGUGAAAAGCUCUGCUCCUAUUUUCACUGUCAUCAUGUCCCGGAUGAUUUUGGGGGAAUACACUGGGUUGCUGGUGAAUCUCUCCCUGAUCCCUGUGAUGGGGGGGCUGGCUCUGUGCACUGCCACUGAAAUCAGCUUCAACAUCCUGGGCUUCUCUGCAGCUCUGUCCACCAACAUCAUGGACUGUUUGCAAAACGUCUUUUCCAAAAAACUACUCAGUGGAGAUAAAUACAGAUUUUCAGCCCCAGAGCUUCAGUUCUAUACAAGUGCUGCUGCUGUGGUUAUGCUUAUUCCAGCUUGGAUAUUUUUCAUGGAUGUGCCUGUGAUUGGGAAAAGUGGGAGGAGCUUCAGCUACAACCAGGAUAUUGUCAUUCUCCUGCUGAUAGAUGGAGUCCUGUUCCACCUGCAGAGUGUCACAGCCUAUGCCCUGAUGGGGAAAAUUUCUCCUGUGACUUUCAGCGUUGCCAGCACAGUCAAACACGCCCUGUCCAUCUGGCUCAGCAUCAUUGUGUUUGGGAACAAGAUCACCAGCCUGUCAGCUGUGGGCACUGUCCUGGUCACCGUGGGGGUCCUGCUCUACAACAAGGCCAAGCAGCACCAGCAGGAGACCCUGCAGAGCCUGGCCAUGGCCCCACAGCCCCUGCCAGGACCCACCGAGGACACCGAGCCCCUCAUCCCCAAGGACUUGGAGCCCUAUGAUUAAUGGGGCUCCAGGGAAAUCCUCCUGGAUGUGCUUGUUCCUUUGAGUUCCUGGCAGGUCUCACCCAGGACUUGAAGCAGGAAGGAGCUGGGAAGGAUCCAGCAAAGCCUUGGGAAUCUGAUGCCUCAAAGAGAGGAUGUGGAACAUGUUUAACGUGGGCUUUGUGGUCUUUCCUCGACUGCAAAUUGUGUCCAAGCCUGUGCUGGUGGAAGAACUUUGGUGUCUUGUGAGAAAACAAUUUCUGUCUCCCUCCUCAUCCAAAUAAUGUGAAAAUGUGGCCCCACCACUGAAUUCUGCUGGCAGAGGGAUGGAGUUGGUGCCUCGUGGAAAUUCCUGGUUGUUGCUCUGCAUUUCCUGCAUCCUCCGUCAUUCCUGUGUGGUGUGGAGAUGGAAGAGGUCCAAGGAGGGCAUUGGCCCACUCUGCUCUGCCCUGGGAUGGCCUCACCUCAAGCCCUGAGGGCUUUUUGGGGUCCCAAAACCUGCCAGAGCUCCAGGAGCAUUUGGACAGCACAAGAUGGGAUGUCUGUGCAGGGAUCCUUGUGGAUCCCCUCCCACUCACAUUCCAUAAUUCUAAGAAGGAUUGGAAUUCCCACCCUGCUCUCCCAAAAAACAAAAAAAAAAUCUUUUUAGGUUUGCUUGAAGCAAACUAUGGGAAAUGAGCUGUGGUGAGCAUCUACUGCUGACUACAAAUCCAGGAUUUGGAGUGGUUUUCCUCCUAAAAUUUAACAUGGAAAUAACUUAUUCCAGUCAUUUAUUGAGAAAACUGAGAUGCAAGUAUUCACACACAUACCCUGUGUAAAUGGAGUGUUCGGUUCAAUACUCGUAGCUGCUUGGAGAUAAAAAAAAACACUGAAAAGUGGAUGACAAAGGAAGCAGGAUCUCUGUAUUUCUGUAAAAAAAAAUUUUGUUGUUUUAAUUUCAUUUUAUUAUGCAUGAGAAAAGAAAUUAAUGGGGUUUUUUACAUUAUUUCUAAGAGUGCAACAAAAGGCUGCCUUUUAGAAACUCAGGGCUAUGAGUCUGACCUGUGUGUAAAAUACCUAAUUUCUGGUUAUGUAAAGUAAUCUCAGAGGCAUCUGUGACAGAUGGGAGGAAUAUUAACCAUAAACUGAGGCAAAUCUUUAUUUCUGCUGCUCUUAAGUUUCCUUUUUUUAAGGAAAUUUGUUUUUGUGGUAAAUCAGAGAUUAAAAGUUAACUUUCCUUUUCAAAAUUCUCCAGAGCAGUCAUUAGUUUUAGCAAAAAAAAAAGCGCACAUGUAGCUACAAAAACAUUCACAUGGACUUUUUGGGAACAAAACUGAAGUUAAAAUGAGUGGAUUUUAAUAAUUGCCUCUCUUCUGGAAGGUUGGAGCAUGGAUAUAUAGUGGUCUUUGACAGGAAGUUACCACUGGAAUUCCUUUAAAAUUACAUUUCCACACCUGAGUGGCUGCCUGGGGCAGAUUCCCCAAAGAUGUGAGGGAGGGAAAUGCCAAUUUUUUCAUCUCUGUGUAUGUGAUAUGUCUGUGGUAUUUUGUUUUCUUUUGUACUUCUGUCACUUUUAUAAAAACUGUGGACUGUGGCGUGGA